AUGCUUUUUGUCACAUUUAAAGUUGCCGAAAAACGUUUCACCACCGCUCGUAUAUCCGUCACACAUGGAACCGAUGGAACCAACAAAAUAUGUGGAAACAUUCGUUUAAACAAUGUUCUUCGACGAGCCGAAUCCGUUGACUUAGACAUGGAAAUCGGAACUAAUCAACUGACCUCGAAAUGUGCAGCUGUUUCCAAGCCACUGGAAAAUAAUCCAUUCGUCCGAUUUACUUUUGGCGGAACUGAGGGUCACUUUGAUCAUUGGUGGGCCAAGUUCUUGCGGCACGAACGAUCCGUGUUCACCGAGAUACAGGCUCUCAGUGCGAUCGGAUUGCACAAAUUUCAAUGGGAUGCUGCUUGGCGUGAGGUGGAGGCUAAAGAUGCAACGGCACCGUGGAAUGUGCGAAGAGAGAGUGGUUCAGCGCUCAAAGUCAGUUUGCGACAUAUUUUCGAACGAGACAGCCGAUCGGACCACGUGUUUCCUGAUGAUGGUAUGCUGUUUCGCCUGAGCAACGAGCUAGCCUCUGUAAACCCAGGCAGUCCAACAGGAUACUUAGCCAAUGCAAAUAGUAGUGCUUCACCGUGA